AUGGUGCGGCCGCGCGGCACGACGAGCACGGGGCGGCACCGCAUCGAGAUGAGCCUCAGGCCGGACAAGAACAGCCGGCAGGUCACCUUCUCCAAGCGCCGCGCCGGCCUCUUCAAGAAGUGCUCCGAGCUCGCCCUCCUCUGCGGCGCCCGCGUGGCCGUCGUCGUCUUCUCCGAGGCGGGCAACGCCUUCGCCCUCGGCAGCCCCUCCAUGGAGGCCGUCCUGCGUCGCUUCGACGACGGCAACGACGCCGGCGCCCUCGUUCCUGCCGCUGACGUCGACGACCGUGAGGCGCUGGAGGAGUUGUACCGGGCCAGGGAGGCGACCGCGGAGCAGGUGGCGUCGGAGAUCAAGCGGAUGAAUACCAUCGGGGACACGGUGGUCAAGGCCCAGAUGGGGAGGCGGUACUGGUGGGAGGCCGACGUGGAGGCGCUCGGGGAGGCCGAGCUGCCGGAGUUCGCCCGGGCGCUCGACCGGCUCAGGGCUAACGUGCGCCGCCACGCCAACAAGCUCCGCUCCUGA